CAAAACAGAAUCGAGCUCCAAAGGGAGAACUUGUGACUGAAAACAUAGAAGUUUAUUCAUUUAUGCUGUCUUUUACGACCUUUUAUGAACGAUAGAUCGGUUACCUGAGUAAGGAGUUUGCCUGAAUGAUGUCUACAAUACAGCCAGAUGAAGAGGAUGCCAGUGGCAGCAGUGCUGCACCAAGUCCAGCUGUGAGCAGCACACCAUCUCCUUCAAAGACCAAGGUGGGAGAGUCACCACGACGUAGCGGCAGGAGGGUCAGGCAGAGGAUUCUCUAUGGUCAUCAGCCACUGGCUAGUAAAGCACAAGUCACACCACAGCAGUCCAAAACCAAAAAGACAAAAAUGACACCAGAGAGUAGUGGGUCAGAUGAUGACGAAGAAGAAGGAAAUGAAGAAGCUGGGGAACAGUCAUCAGUAAAUAAAUCAAGUGAUGACAGUGACUUGGAAACUCCUGUUCAAGUGCCUACCUUAGUACGAGGAAGGAAACGAGCAGCAGAAACCUCCAAAGCUACACCGGCAGCAAAAAGGGCAAAAUCUAAACAACCCUCUGCUCAAAAGUCUUCUCAGAAGAAAUCAAGAAAAUCAAAAGGAAGUGCAUAUGCAGAUGAGAGUCAGGGAACCUUGUUUGAUAUUGUGAAAGCUGGAAAAGGUGCUCUGAGGGCUGUUGUGGAUGACUGGAUUGAGAGUUACACAACAGACAAAGAAAAUGGAAUGGUUGAUCUCAUACAGUUUUUUGUCCAAUGUUGUGGCUGCAAAGGAACUGUAACACCUAAAAUGUUGGAGGAGGAAGAAAGUGUCAAUGCAAUCCGUCAACUUACUGAGCAGUUUGACGAGGCCAGCCAUGAAUACCCACUCAUAAUGACGGGUCCAGCGUACAAAAAAUUUAGGACAAACUUUGUAGAGUUUGUGGAUUCGCUGGUUCAGCAAUGCCAACACAGUAUUAUCUAUGACGAGUACAUGUUGGAUACACUGGUGUCCUGGCUGAUCAGGCUGUCAGACUCACAAGUCCGCGCCUUUAGACACACAAGUACUUUAGCUGGAAUGAAACUUGUUUCUGCUUUGAUACAAGUGGCAAAGCGUGUUCAUGUAGAGCUGGAUCACACCCAGCGCCAGUUAGACAGCGAAAGCAGCAAAGUUUCAUCCAAGAAAGCCAUGGAAAAAAUUGAAAUGUUGAACAAUAGGAGGCAAGAGCUGAGACAGAAUGUCAGUGACUUGGAAGACAUGAUGAAUUUUGUGCACCAGGGAAUGUUUGUCCAUAGAUACAGGGAUUCCAGACAUGAAAUCAGGGCGCUGUGCAUUGCAGAAAUGGGUCAUUGGAUGAAAGAAUACAGCUCCUACUUUUUGAGUGACAAGUUUCUGAAGUAUACUGUGUGGAGCUUACAUGAUAAGAUUGGAGAGGUGCGGCAGAAGGCCAUCAAUUCAUUGAGAGGCCUCUACGAGGUUGAUGACUUCCUUUCUCAGCUUGAGCCCUUGACUGAGAGAUUUAAGGAAAGACUUGUAGCUAUGACCUUAGACAAAGAAAAUGAAGUGGCAGUGGAAGCCGUCAAGCUGGUUAACCUUCUUCUUAUGAAUGACAAACUGGAUGAGGAAGAAUGCCAACAGAUUGAGUUAAUUGUGUUCUGUACAAGUCGGAAUGUGGCAAAAGCAGCAGGAGAAUUCCUCAAGGAUAGGCUUGUCAUGGCUGCUGAUGAAGAAGUGAAAAAAGCAAGCAAAUCAAAAAGAGGCAAAAAAGCAGAACAGGAAAUCAAACUUGUACAGUUAAAAAAGCUGAUUGAGUUUUUUAUUGUCAGUGAGGUCCACAACCAUGCAGCAUACCUUGUAGACAGUCUGUGGGAAAGUAUGGACUUACUGAGGGACUGGAAGUUGAUGACUGACAUUCUUUUGGAUAAAAAUGACAAGCAAGGUUUGAAUGACAGUGAAGAAAUGGCAUUGAUUGACAUCAUGGUCUGCGCCUGCAAACAAGCAUCUACCCGACAGGGUCCCCCCGGAAGAGCAGUUCGUAAAGUGAAGGAAAACAAAACUACUGUGAAUGAAAAGAAAGACCUGAGUGCACACUUUAUGCAGACUUUACCAGGCCUGUUGAACAAGUUCGGAACUGACAUUGAAAACGUCAUAAACCUGGUGUCACUUCCUCAGUACUUUGAUCUGGAGGAGUAUGGACAGCGGAGAUUGGGAAAGUAUUUGGAUGAACUUCUGAAACAACUUUCUGAAAUAGUGGAGAAACACUCCAAUGUGGACGUUUUGGAUGAAUGUGGGAAGAGCUUAAGAACACUCACGGACAAUGACUUCACUUUGGCCUCUUCAGCUGAUGUGGCCAAAAACAAGCUGAUUGAUUCAGUUGUGGCCAAAUUCAAAGAAAACGUGAAGAGUGGUCUUGACGCAGAUGAAGCAGACGAAGACAAUCAAGAGAGAUUUGCUCUCCAUGUUAAUCUGGCAAGAAUUGCAUCUUUCUUUAAAUCCCACAAUCUCAAUAAAUGGGACCUUUACGAUGAUUUGUCAUACAUUAUUGACUAUUCUGCAAAGCACACCGUACCAGACGAGAUAUUGGAGCUGACCUUUUUAAGCAUGCAGAUGUUACUUGUUUGGAGUCUUACGGAGAUAGAUGUUAACGAACCGGAUAAGCAUGAGAUGCGCACCCUGAAAAAGAGAGUGAAUCAGUUUAUGUCAAACUGUGACGAGCUCAUACAGUUCAGUACAGAUUCUGUCCAGAGAGUGGCAUUUUGUUGUAUCUGUGAUUUGCUGAUCGUUUUUGCCAAGCAGUUAAAGAACAGAGCCCCCAUUCUGGCGCCUUUGGUAUAUGAAGCUGAUCACACCACUCAAGUGAGGCUCAGAGAUUACGUCAUCAGUCACGUGUUCACGGACUUAGACGAGGACGAAGCAGAGGAUGAAGACGAGGACCAGACAGACAGCAGUGCUUUGGAGUUGAGCAAAAAGAGAACAGUUCUGGCAGGAUUCUGUAAACUCGUCGCUUAUAAUGUGAUUGAUAUGAAGCUGGUUUCUCCCAUUUUCGCAUUCUUAAUCAGGGCAUACAGCAACUAUGGUGAUAUCAUUCGCCAUACUAUGACAAAAUGCCGAGAUAUCAGUAAUUCAGCUUUUGCCAAAGCCUUGCUUCUGAGUCUUCAACAAGAGUUUGAAAAACUGCAAGAUGACAAUGACGGAACUGCAGACACGAACUCAAAGGAAUUUGCUGGAAUCAAGGAACUCGCUCGUAGGUUCGCGCUCUCAGUCGGCGUGGACACAACGAAGCCUCAGUCUCGGGAGUGUGUUGUAACUUUGCACAGGGAAGGUAUCAAGUACAGUCUUAGAAAUGGAGAUGCUCAGAAGGGUGAAGAUGAACCACCAUGCAAUCUUCAGUUUUUGGACGUGUUAAACGAAUUUACUUUCAAGUUGAUUGCUCAAGACAAGGCAGGAAAAAGUGGCGUAUUAUCAUUUCUGGAUGAAAAUGCCAAAGAGAUGAUUCACAAAAAGGGAGGUCAGUGGAGUCCUUUGCUAUCAUACAGGAACGGCUUGACUGGACAGGACGAGGAAGAAGAAGGACAACAAAAAGGAAGUCGCGCAAAGAGAAAACUUCCCAUGGAAGGAGACGAGAGUAAAGAAGGAGAAUUGAUAUCCAAACAAACUAAGACAAAGACUAAACAACAGAAACCGAAAGGCCCGCGUGGACGGCCUCCGAAGUCGACCACCUCAACAGCACAACAAACUGUACUCUCGACGGCAAAACCAGCGAAACCUGUCACACCAGUUGUGGAAGAGUCAGAAGCUGGUGAUGAUAACAAUAAAGAUGACGAUGACGCCAUUUCGUCAGGUUCAGAAGAAUGGUCACAGGAAGACCAGGCUCCAUUGUCUUCGAUGAAGAAACCAAACCAAUCGACCGAUAAAGUUGACGAUACAGAGGAAGCGUCUACUGCUGAGAAACAAGGACCAGUGAAAAGAAAGCGAGAGGAGACAUCACAGUCUGACGAGGAAGAAGAUGAAGAACAAGACAACGAUGACCAGGAUUUUGAAAGUCUUCCUACAUCAUCUCAAAGAUCGUGGUUAUCAAGUCAGACACAUCGACAAGACAGCAAAAAGGCUCGAAUAAGUUACAGUAAAAAGGAUACAUCAGGAAUCGGCCGCACGAGUCUUGAGGAUAUCGAGGACGAGGAUGAAAUCGAAGAAUACGAGAGUGAAGACGAAACAGACAAGGGAAAACAGACAGCGCCAACUCGGGUGAGAAGGGAAAAGAAAGAGCUACCCGAUGAUUUCUUCGUUGACUCACAGGAAGAGAAAGAGACGGAAGAAGACUCUUCUCUCGAAACAGCUUUUUGAGUGCACCGCUACAAGACAGACAGCCUUAUUUGGAUUAGUGAUUGUAAUAUUUAUUAACGUUGUUUGUGUACAGAGUUAAAAGACCUUUAAAGACCUUACUUUAGUGCA